AUGGAGGAUGUUGUCAAUCGAACACUCAGAGACAAGCUUUUUCACACAGUGGGUGAGCCUCAAGUUCAAUGGACUCCUCCACCUACUGAUUUUGUACGAGUCGACGUAGAUGCAUCAGUUCAGCAAAACCAGUAUGCCACCUGUGGAGGAGUGAUUCAGAACUCUCAGGGUGAGUGGAUUAAAGGUUUCCAUAAGGAACUCGGUCAUAUGUCUGCUGUUACUGCUGGGAUUCAUGCCAUUAGAUUGGGGUUAGAAGUCUUCAAAUGUUUAGGCUUUACCAGAGUCAAGUUAUAUUCUGAUUCCCUUGAAUCCAUUAACAUGCUGACGAGAGAUGGAGGUGUUGAUAAUAGAUUUAGGGAUGUUCUCGAAGAAACCAGGAACAUAAUGUCCUCUUAUAUUCACCAAGCGUACAGACAAGGCAUUAGGGUAGCAAACCUUCUUGCCAGAAAUGCCCAUGGAAUGGGCGAGAACUUGAUGGUGGUGCAUAUAUUAUGGUCCCUAAUGCUUGCAGGGCCUUGA